AUGUUGCUAAGUUGGAUAAACAAAGCCCAAGACAUUUUGUUGACUGAGGACGACCACCAUCCGGCUCUUAUCGUUUCUUUGGAAGCCGGUCAGUCCAGAAAGCCCAAUGCUCAGAAAUUUGAUAACACAUAUUAUAAUUUUCGAAGAGCCAAUUUUCCUGAUCUUUAUGGCUAUUUUGCUGAGUGUAAUUGGGAUUUCUUGGAUGAAAUCUCUGACGUGGAUGCUGCUUGCGAGCGAUUUUAUGGGGUGAUCUAUAAUGGGUUGGAUUUGUUUGUACCUAAAACGUCCAAACGUAAAAGAAAUUAUCCUCCGUGGUAUGGUUCAGAUAUAAUUAAGCUUAUUAAACUUAAAAAUAAUACAUGGAAGACGUAUAAACAAUCAAAACAGAAUUUUCACUUGGUAAAAUUUAAGGAGCUUAGAGCGCAAAUUAAGCAAAAUAUUAGUAAAAACUAUAGUAUAUAUUGUAGAGACGUUGAGGGUGGUCUAACUACUAACCCCAAGCAGUUUUGGCAAUUUAUAAAUAAUAAAAGUAAGUCUCGGUCGUUUCCUGAACAAAUGAAGUUUAAUGAUGUCGAACUCAAUGAUACAAAAUCAAUAGCAGAUGCAUUUGCAGACUUUUUUCGAUCGUCCUAUAUUGUAUCAGGUAACGGUCAUAUUCGUGAAGGUAGCACUGAAAUUAAUUCUUCCUUUGGUGAUAUAACACUGAAUCGGGUAUCGGAGAGAGAUAUCUUGCAGUGCUUAAAAAAAAAUGAAGCCCACCGGAGUGGUAGGACCCGAUAA